CAAGAUGAACGAGGCUCGACGACAGGAGCAGCGCGAGCUAGAAGAGGCAGGACGCUUGGCAUGGACGAAACCGCGGACGCAGCCACCACCGUCUCGCGAAGUAUCGCCUCAUGAAACCAUUAAUCCUCCGAACACUGGACCACUUCAGAAGGAAAUCAUCGCUGGCGAGAACAGCCGUCGGGCCAAUCGUUUUACGCGCGAGGAGUCGAUCGCAACUGGUCAGCAAUGGUACAGAUCUCGCGAAGCAUCUACGGAGCUGCAUCGCACCUCCCCCACUCGCAGCGCAUCGCGGACAUCUCCGUUAGAUCUCACGAGGACCACGAAGCGCGCCCAUAGACCGAGUGAGGUGAACAGGUCGGGAACAGACUCGCAGCACUCGGAUGGUCCAUCGAACAAAAGACUGCGCUCACCACUCGCGGAUAUCCUCUCACCUCCCCCACACCCCUUGACGAGGACCGCCAGCAAUUGGACGACGAAAUCUCUCUCGCCACCGCGCCAUCUCCUGACAGAAGGUGCUCUGAGACGUGGAUCGAACGUUUGCGAUUCUUCGGCUCAUGUGCCAGCAAGAGCAAGUCCUACGCGAGAGGCGCAAUGCAGCCCCCCAACCACUCAGUGGAGCCACGCAUCAAAUGGUCCAUUUGUAGAUGGCAUACCUCCCAAACGUACCGCUCGCACCUUCUCGGAAGCUACGACGACAUUUGAAUCUUCGACGCAGGAUACACUGAGCGUUGCGGACCGAGGCAGCUCCGGUGAACAGUACGUCGGUGACUCAUUGAAAAGACAUGACACGCAUCAAGCUCACGAGCCAGAAGAUCGACCUGAAUCCUCGCUCGGAAAGAGGUCAGAAGAUUCAACAUCUGUCACAUCGUCAGCCAAGUCUACGGUACAGCCUCGGCCGAGUCGGAAGAAUGAGGUGCGCCAGUAUAGACGGCGCACCACUCCGGCGCGAGUGACGCGGCAAUCUCUGAAGAGCACGUCUCUGUCGUCCAUAUCACAAUCCCAGAGAGCUGAGCGACAUGGUCGGUUACGCAGAACGAUAGGCACAGAGAGCGGUGAGAGCUGCCCGACGAAGCGUGCCGAACGAUUGACCUGUUCGUUCUGUACCAGAAGGCUUUCCAUCAGAAAGCCGAGUGCAGCGCAGCAGACGAGGCACUCAGGUUCCUUCAGAGGAGGGCUUGGCCGGCGACUGAACGGCACUGAUCGCUUGUGUAUCUUGGUUCUCGCAAUAUGCGGGUUGGGAUGCACGAGCUUCUUUCUCUUCCACAUGGUGCCGGUGUUGGCGGCUGGAAAUAUUGGAUUAUCGCAAUUUUGUGUGCUGAUCCUGUUUGUGUUAUUUCUGCCGUUAUUGCCCACUGCGGCCAUUGCGCAGAUCUGGAGUCACGCGGAUCAGAGAUAUACUAGAGGUCGGAGAAUGUCGACGACGACGACGGAUGUGGAACGGCAAGCUCUGCUCCCUGCGAGACCUCUACUGGCGAACAGCAGUGAAUUGGUGAUGGGAUGGUGA